UUGUAGCCUACACCGGGGAGUCUUCCACGAGCCACGCGCCGGCAGCCUAUGCGACCCGACCUCCGUCUCUUCCAGCUCUCGGUCACGGGCGCGGGGGCAAUCCUGUUACAGUAACUAGCCUGAGAGACGCCAGCCGGCGCAGAUUACUGGCAAGGCGGCAGCCCGGCAACGCCAGUGCGCCUCAGGCUCAGGGCAUUCCCAUUCCCAGCAACGCCGGUGCGCCUCAGGGCCAGGAGGCAAUCCCAGAUAUGGAGAAGGAGGCAGUCCUGGACAUCGAGCAGGGGGUUCUAGAUGAGCUGGAGUCCUCGAUUCAGCGUCCAGACAUAGACUUUUGCCUUCUCUGCCCGAAGCCGUUGGAGACGCAGACGGUUUUGGUGGUCGAGGGCGAGGACCCCAAGUGGAUCUGCGAGGAUUGCGAAGCCGAUCUGCAGCAGGCUCCGGAUCCGGUCCUUGAGCCGCAGGGCCAGGGGGCAGUCCCGGUGAAUGUCGACGGGGUUUUUUACGAUCGGGCUGCGCUGGAGCAGCACCAGGCCAUAUGGGCGAGGCUGCAGGUGGAGCUGGAGAUGGCGGCCAUUCGUACGAAGGAACGCCACCGCGGCGGCCCGCCACCGCCACCACCGCCGCCGCCGCCAGGGGGUUGCCAGGACACUAGUUCUCUGAACUUCCUGUCUCUGAACAUACCUGAAGAAAUCGACAUCUUCUCUGAAGAAUUCGACAGCAACUGGAUCGCUGACCGGAUCGCUGCCAGGGAGACGGACGGCUGGGAUGCGCUCCAGUUAUGGAAGAUGAACGGCUCUCGAAGACCAAGGGCUCUACUGUUCAGUGUCCGACAAUAG